GAUUCAUGAAGAGCGACACACGAACAGUCAAUUCGCAUCAACUUGCAACUCAACUUUCCAGGGGAUGGACUGUGUAUAAGGUCCAACAAGUCGCGAUAGGGAGAGAUUGAACACCUCUUUCUACAUCAAGGCCCUCAUUCGGAAACUUCCGUUGGCCUCGACCGCGACGACGUGAACGCUGGUGCACUGGAGUUUCUCAGCUGGAUGCGAUGGCUGCCGCCCGCAACCUCACGACGACCGGGAAUCCCUCUCACUCAGACAUCAUGGCGGCAGAGAUGAGGGAAGAGCCCAAGGUGGCCGUGAAAAACUACAAAGGCUUCGUCGCCGGAGUAUUCUCCGGAAUCGCCAAGCUCACAGUCGGCCACCCCUUCGACACAAUCAAAGUCCGCCUCCAAACAACAGACGCCUCGCGCUUCAGCGGCCCGCUCCAAUGCCUAGGCCAAACGCUACGCAACGAAGGCAUCCCCGGUCUCUACAAGGGCGCGACCCCUCCGCUAGUGGGCUGGAUGUUCAUGGACUCAGUCAUGCUAGGCUCGCUGACAGUCUACCGCCGCCUCGUCGCCGAGCGCCUCUUCCGCGUCGGCACCGUCGACAACCUCCCCUCGUACGGCCACGGCAUCGCGGGCAUCAUGGCGGGUAGCACCGUCAGCUUCAUCGCCGCACCCGUCGAGCACGUCAAGGCGCGCCUGCAGAUCCAGUACGCCGCCAACAAGGCCGAGCGGCUGUACAGCGGGCCCGUCGACUGCCUGCGCAAGAUUUACGCGAACCACGGUGUUCGGGGCGUCUACCACGGCCUCAGCGCGACGUUGCUGUUUCGAGGGUUCUUUUUCUGUUGGUGGGGCAGCUAUGAUGUGUUUUCAAAGUACUUUAAGAAGAACACGAACCUCAGCGUGCCGGCGGUCAAUUUCUGGGCGGGCGGGCUGAGUGCGCAGAUUUUCUGGUUGACGAGUUAUCCGUCGGACGUGAUUAAGCAGCGCAUCAUGACGGACCCUCUUGGUGGCGGGCUCAAUGACGGUACGCCAAAGUUUAGGAGGUGGAAGGAUGCUGCGAGGGCGGUAUAUCGGGAGACGGGGUGGAAGGGCUACUGGCGCGGAUUUUUGCCGUGUUUCUUGAGAGCGUUCCCGGCUAAUGCCAUGGCGUUGGUUGCAUUUGAGGGUGUUAUGCGGGCUCUGCCGGAGUAGAUGUGCGGGCUGUCACCUUGCAUUAUAGACGAGACUUUGUUCGAGGGGCACCGAUAGCCAUAGAUAGACAUCAGGAUACCCAGGAUCGGAAUCAGAAUCGCACCUCACAGCAUGCAUCACAGAGAGUUUCAAAAACAAGGAGAUGAAGUGGCAGA